CAAAGAAAGUGUUGAUCGUGUACGCUCACCAGAGCUCUGGAUCCUUCAAUGCUGCAGCCAAAAAUGCUGCUGUGGAGGUUCUGACUGCUCAGGGCUGCACAGUGGAUGUCUCUGACCUGUAUGCCAUGGGCUUUAAAGCCACUGCUACAGCUGAGGACAUCAAAGGAGAAGUGAAGAAUGCUGAGAACUUCUGUUAUCUGGAGGAGAGCAAACUAGCAUGGGAGCAGGGAAAACUGUCAGCUGACAUCAUGGAGGAGCAAUCUAAGCUGACUGAGGCAGACCUCAUCAUCUUUCAGUUCCCCAUGUACUGGUUCAGUGUUCCUGCCAUCCUGAAGGGCUGGAUUGACCGGGUGCUCACCAAUGGCUUUGCCUUUUCUCAAGAGAAGCGCUACAGCCAGGGGAUCUUCAAGGACAAGAAAGCCAUGCUGUCCUUCACCACUGGGUCUCUAGAAUCCAUGUUCAGCCCAACUGGUAUUAAUGGAGACAUGAAUGUUACACUGUGGCCACUACAGAACGGCAUCCUGCACUACUGUGGCUUCCAGGUUCUGGCCCCUCAGAUCUUCUGGGCUCCUUCUUCUGCUGUGGCUGAAGAUCGCAAGAGCAUGCUGGAGAGCUGGCGCACACGACUGCAAGGCCUGCUGGAGGAAAAGCCCCUGUCCUUCAUUUCCUUGGACUGCUUUGACGAUAAGGCUUUCCAGUUGAAGCCUGAGGUCCAGGAGAAACAUGCCAGCAAGGAGUUUGGGCUGACGGUGGGCAUCCACCUGAACAAGCCACUGCCCCCUCACAGCCAGAUGAAGAAUGGAUGUGGCUGUUGCUCUGAGCUUUUGUGAUCAAUAAAAGCUGGUUAUUCUGA